AUGCCAGUGUCUUCCGUAGCCGCAUUGACAGAGGGUGAAGUCGAACCAUAUCCCUCACCUGCCUCGACCUCCCAGCUCUCUAUAGAGGCCGAGGAAGAGCCUUGCUUGGAAACGAACGAUAUUGCUUCCCCAAAAACGUCAGUGGAGGCUGAGAAUACAACACGGACAGGUAAAGCAAGAAUAAAGAAAACGUUGUAUGUGCUUAAUCGCUCUUCGCAACUCAGCAAGCUGACCCUCACGAGAACGUUCCUCCCAAUUUCCACAACGCUUCGCCACAGCAACCCUGCAUAUUUCAAAGAGCUUCCGGAUCAUUUUUACCGUGUCACAUUCGAGAAGACUGCUACCCCGAGUCGCUACGAGAUCAAUGACUUACACAUUAGCGAACACCCCAAACUCAAGGACGGAUAUGCGUUUCAAGCUCUGGCAGAGUUCUUCUGUGAAAAAGACUUGACAAGAACUAGAAUUAAGCGACACCAUAAGCAGAGCAAGAAAAAGGAUCCCUCAAGUUAUGUCUCGGUAACUAACUCCCUGGGAGAAGCAGCGGGCCGAUGCAGGUGGCACUACUACACGAGCAAACGAAGAGGAAGACGCAUUAUCGUAGUUGAAAUCUCCACUGCCGGUCUCGUUCCAGCAGAGUUGGAGAUGACCGAACAAAUCGAGGACGGUUCCACAGUUACACUCAAUAUACCCAUCUGGGUUCGGGACGUAUGCCGACCGGUCGAUGGUUCACCUAUCACAACAGAGGAGUUCAAGAGUUCUGGCGCAGAUUUAUACCUUUCCGUUCUCGAACAAAGGGAUGGUGGAUUUCAUCUUGGCGUGACAGCCGCUGACGGUCAAUGGCACGAGUUCAUGGCCGGUGGUUUCAUUGAAGAGAAGUAUGUUACACGCGUUCUACCAUACGAUGGCAUGAAAGUUCAUAGGGCGGAGGGGGAUAUGGAAGUACGGAGCUUACUUGAUAUGAACUACGUCUUCGAUUGGGAGGCUCAACGAUGGCGCUACGAUCCCCUCUCGACAAAACGUAAGCGUUCUGUCGAUGAUGAAGAAAAGGACGACUACGCUUCAUCUAACACCUCAUCCGACGGGAAGUCAACAAGAAAACGCUGCUGCCCAUCUUGUGGAUACACAGCGCCCGAUCAAGAAUUCGAAAAUCGGGUUAUGGAGAUGACAGUAGAUGUUGAUCUUGCUUGA